CUCUCCAGAAGUCAGAACACAACAUCCCGAAAUAAAUAUUUUCAAGUGCAGUGUUUUCAAUAUCAACCAGAUCAUGUCCAACUCGCAUUUGUUUUUAAAAUCCGGUUUUCCGCGCGCUCCGCUGGCCAACGGAGUCGGUCGGUACGUGUGCCAACUGCAGCGCAUCACCCUAAAAUACUGCAAAAAUAAUGGCUCAAGCAAGGGCAUGCGGGAGUUCCUGGAGAACGAUCUGCUCAACUUCAGCCAAGCCAACCCGGGAGUGGUGGUGUACGUGAAACCUCGCCGGCACCGAACGGCCGUCAUGUCCGCUGAAUACCUGAACGGGGAGAAGCAAUGGAUCAACUGUCGGAACAGUACACGCGACGAAAUCCGGAAAUGGGUUGAUGUGCUGAAAACGCAAGCCGGCUGCUCAGGCGACACCCGAUUACGUAAACUGUGGCACACGGAUGUGCCGUCGGUGCAGGGACCGUGGACGCCGUUCACCCAUCAGCAUCCCUCGGCCAAUGUUAUGUCAUACCCGAGCAAGGAGCUGUCUCAGCUGCAAACGGACGAAUUGAGCGCUUCCGAAAAGCUGAUCGAGAUGUACAAAGCGCAGAAACUGCAACAGAACUAAUUAGGAUCGUGUCGAAUAAAAGCUUAUGUAGAAUUAAUAAAUGGUUUUUAAAAUUG